AACAACAACAACACCACACCGCAAACGAUGGAAGACGACGGUAAGACUACCUACGGCGUCAUGGUCGAUGCUCCGGAAGAAGACAGCAACGACAAUGGCAACCAAGACCCCCCUUCGCCCGACACCCGGGUGGAGGACAUGUCGGACGACGACUUCGACACUGAGAUUGCCGAUGAAAUCAAGGCAGACGUCAGGAUGUUCUCGGGGUGCCAGGACAAGCAGACCUCGGCGGAUGUCCACGACGUGACCAAGUUCGGCGUGCCCAACUCUGACGGCGGCGCAGGGGGUGCCUGCACCAACGCGCUCCUCGUCAACAACGACGACGAACCCGACUCCUGGAUGAGCCUCUUGAAGGGCAUGCGCACCACCCUCAGCACCAAGAAGUUCAAGCAGAUUCCCCAGAUGGCCACCUCCAAGAAGCUCGACAUCCGCUCGCCCUUCUCCUUGGCUGGGGGCGAGGGAGGGAAGCACCGGGCCCUCCUCAUCGGCAUCAACUACGUCGGGGAUCCCUCGGCAGAGCUCAAGGGCUGCCACAACGACGUUGCGCAGAUGAAGGACUACAUCGUGAAGCACGGGUAUCCUGCUGAAGAAGGCGAAGACCUGAAGAUCGUGAUGGAUGACGGGGAGCAUACCGCACCUACCAGGGCUAACAUCAUCGAAGCCAUCGAGUGGCUCGUCGAGGGCGCCGCGCCAGGCGAUUCGCUUUUCAUGCACUACUCCGGACACGGCGGGUCUGUGGAGGAUACCGACAACAACGAGAAGGACAAGAGGGAUGAGACCAUGAUCCCAGUCGACUACAGCGUGUCCGGACACAUCAAGGAUGAUGAGCUUCUUGCUGAGUUGGUCCUACCGCUGUCGGAGGGCGUUGUUCUGUCCGUGGUUAUGGAUUGCUGCCACAGCGGCUCCAUUCUUGACUUGCCCUACACGUUCGACGCCGACGAGGGGGCCCUUCAGCUGGUGGACGACCGCGGCUCUGGGGUCGUGCAUAAGAACGCCAAGUUCAACAUGUCAAAGAUUAGGAAAGCGCGCAAGCUGAACCUCAGAGGGCCUUACAUGAAAGCCAUUCGAGCAAAGGCCGCCGCCGCAGCAGCAGCAAAAGCUGCCGCAACGAAAGCUGCCGCAGCGAAAGCCGCCAGCGAAAAGCAGGAACAGCACGAAGAGCAGGAGCAAGCUCGAGAGCCCGUCGGCGGCGGCACUGCCUUCAAGGUGGGUUCCAAGGUUGCAGCGGCCGCGGCAAAAGCGAGGGCGUCGGCCGCCACCAAAGCCGUUAGUCAGCAGCAGCAAGAGCAAGAGCAGCCCGCCGCCAACGGUGGCAUGGCCGAUACCGCGAACGACCAACCGCCCUCCGAGGGCGUAGCGCCCAAUGCCGCUGUGGCCCCUAAGUUUAAGCUGAGCAUCGAGACCGAGGUCAUCAAGUCCAUGGAAACAGGUAGAUACAUAGCGCCCGAACCGAUGGCGUUCAAGAGCUUCACGUCGUGCGAAGCCGAGAUGGAGGAGGACGGACAGGACGACUGCGACUUGUCGAUCUUCGUUGUCACGCCAUCGAGCGUUGACGAAGAGAGCGGCCGCGAACACGCUGCGGGUAUCAGCAUGCUGUGGGUGGACUCUGAGUCCUCUACAGGUUACAGCAUGAAGCAUUUGACCAAGGGAGAUGCCCGUUUCGAUGGCAAGCGUGCUGUGUACGUCGAAGCCAUCAAGGGUGAAGGUGAGGAGCCGUUCCUUGUGGCGGUGUUUGCUCCGGAAGACUUCAAGCCGGCAAGCGUGGGCGGCAGCAGCGGCGUCGCCCCUGAGAGCACGGAGUUCGUGGUGUGGGUGUGCGACAAGCUUGCUCACUCCAGGGACGAAACACUCAACUGGACCGCGUGCGGGUCUUUCGUCGGCACCAAGGUGCCAAACCCAGCUUCCCAGACAGCCGAGAAUGCAGACAAAAUGACACAAGGGCAUGUGAAGAGGACAUCGGCCACGACCUCUACCUCUGGCGAGCGCCUGGUCAUCGUCGAGGCCUUGGACGUGAAGGACGAGGCGCGUGUGUUCUACGGCACCUCUCUAGGCAACGACGACCUACAAAUGUCCAUGUUCCCCACGCCCCGCGCCAUGAGAGCCUCCAACCAGCAGGUGUCCACCGUGCAAGCUUCCACCCUCGAGAAGGACGGCGAGACUUUCGCCAUCGCCAUGGCCUUGCCGGCAGCCAUCCCCAAGGAGACAGCCGUUGCCGGUGACAGUAGUGACACCUCGGACGACGAGACCGAGAUCCGGCCCUGCAUGCUCUACGCGCAGUCCCUGAACGACCCAGGAUUCUACGCCGGCAGCAUCGACAUCCCCGGGGACACCCGCUGCUUCAUGACUACCCCUGCCUACGGACUCAAGACAGACGUGUACGUUGCCGGGACCAAGAAAGUGAUUUGGUACGACGACAGGUCUUGGGACGGGAGCACCGGAAAAGCUGGUGUCUGUUUGAACGCGGUGGACUUCACUUCCCCGGCCAAGGAAAUGCGCACCAUGAUCGACAAGCAGUUCAUCAGGCAUGUCUUCAUCCUGCUGGAGAGCGGCAAGCUGCUGUACACGUCGCAAGACCCCGAGGAGGGGAGCAAAUUCGACGAGCCUGUCGACAUUCUGCCCAACGUCGAGGCGUUCAGCUGCCACGCAGACUCCGUCGGAAACGUCCACGUCAAUAACAUCAACAAGGACGGGAACCUUAUGCACCACAUGAUGGACCAAGGCACGAGCCUGUGGAUGCAGAAAGAAGUCAUGGUGUCUGGGGGAGCCGCUAGGGAGCACCUCAUGCGUUUCACCAAACACCGUUGCGCUCCUGACCCGUUCGGCAUGGGGCACCUGGGCGUCGAGCGUGUGCGCCGGGUUGAAUGCCGGAACAUGGGAAACCUCGCCAAGAAGGCCAGAGAAAACGCCGAUGAGGCCAUUUACGAGACGAAGAAGCACGCGGCCGAGGCUCUCAACGCCAAGCUGAGCAACGCUGAGCGCGCUCAAGAGCAGGCCACGGAGUACGCUGCCGAGGCGACGAAGUGGGCGGGGGAGGCGAAGCAGGCGGCGGAAGCGGUUCGUUGGACGCAAGCCGCAGUCGAAGCGGCGGAGGCGGCGGUCAAAGCAUCCGAGGAGGUGGAGAUGAAAGCCUCUCAAGACAUCGGAGAGAUGAAAGCUGCACAAACAUUUGGGGCGAGGAAAGCUUCGCAAGAGUCACAGGUGGACAUUAUCCUUGGAGUGGAAGGUCCGGACGAGGAAGCGGCGAGGGCGAUGGAAGCAGCGGCACGAGCGGUAGAGGCGGCCGGAGUUGCGCAACAGAAAUCGGAGCAGGCCAAGGCCAUGAAGAAGUUGCAUGGCUCGGACGGUCAACUGGUCGACCUUGGCGAUUUCGAAGCUGGCGGGUACCUAUCGGCCGAGUACUCCAGAGACCGUUUCUUUGGCCCCGUGACGAAGAAGCUGUGGCUGGCGGCCGAGGCCAAGCGGGUGGGAGCACGCCCUGGGCGUGGCUCGUCACACCUGCCAGUACGUGCAGGGCACGGACAGUCGCCGGCUUGGUCUGGCCGCUCGCCAGGCUAUCAUGGCCGCUCGCCGGCUAUUGCUGCUCGUUACAGGCAACCGGCUGUGAGCACUCCCGCACACUCUGAUGUGCUUAAAGCCGUGGAAGCUGCAGGACAGGCUGUGGAAACUGCGGCCCAAGCGAUGGAGAGAGCGGAACAAGCGAAAGAAGCCCUGGGCGAGGACACGGGAGAGCCAGAGCGCAAAGGAGGUGAUCCUGACGACAGGAACCCCCGGGACUUUGGGUCGGCGGAGUCCUCCAACAAGGGUUUCUUUGAUUCCAUCGCCAACGAACUUCGGGAGUUGGCAGACGAAGCCAAGCGGGAGGCUGAGAAAGAAGCUGCGCAGGCUGCACAUGGGCCGCCCGGGUACACAAACAGUGGGCUGUUUGGCUCUGAGACCAUGGAGGCUGGGAUACCGACCAGACGGCCAAUCACUGACACUACAGCUGAGUGCCUUAAGGAGCCAAGGUGGGAGGCAGUCAGGCAGGAAGCCGCGAAAACGGCCAUGGAGGCCGCCCGGCUUGUGAAGGCAGCCCAAACGGCGGCCUUCGAACUCCAAGCAGUCGAGGAGGUGGAGGCCGCAGAAGCGCUAGAUUCCGAAGAAGACGUGGGAGAGGACGACAUUGACGGAGAUGACGGCGCCUACGGGUUGACAGAGUAUACCAGCAGAAAGUUUGGCAGCCGGAUCAAGAAAGCAACCAAGAAGAUCAAAUCCGGCGUCCAGAACGCGGCGAAAAAGACGAAGGAGGCGGCUCAGACCGCCGCCCGAAAGGCCGAGGAGGCAGCUAAACAGGCGAGGUCAUUUGCGAAGCGGGAGGCAGAGAGAAUCGCCAAGGAUGCAGCGCGCAAAGCAGAAGCAGCGGCCCUCAAGGCCAAGAGGGAAGCGGAGAAGGCUGCCAAGGCCGUGGAUCAAGCCGCCAAAGACAUAAAGAAGGCGGGGGAGCUUGUGGCGAAAGAGGUUGUAGACAAGGCGCAGAUAGCGGCGGCUGGGGCGAAGCAGGCCGCGGAAGGUGCGGCAAAGCUGGCAGAGAAAGCUGUGAACGAGGUGGGAGAUGUGGCGGGUGACAUAAAGGACGGCGUCGAGGAUGUGGCGGAUAAAGUGAAGGACGGGGUCGUGCACGCUGCCGACAAGGUCAAGGACGUCGCCAAGGACGCUGCCGAGGUAGUGGGCGAUGUUACCAUGAAGAUGGUCGACGUGGUGGAAGAGGUGGUCGAGGAGGUGUGGGAGCACACUCCGGAGGGGCUGAAGAAGGUGGCCAGGAAAGUAGCGAAAGUUGUCAAGAAGGGAGUGGACUUUGUGGUGAAGAUCGGCAAGGUGGUGUAUCACUUCGUUGAAACCAAGCUCGAGCAGCUCGUCAAGGCACUCGACUGGCUGUGGGAUAAAAUCAAGACGGGUAUCAUGAAGGCCAUCGAAUGGCUCGCCAGUUUCUUCAAGUACAAAGAGAUUUUGAAGACCGCCGAGAUACUGGAAGCCGGGGCGAUUUAUGGGAUCGACCAAUUCAUCGCCACGAUUCCCUCUGAGGAAGCCGUCAAGGAGUUCUUCAACGACCUUCGUCUCAUGUUGGAGAGGAAGACCGGUCUUGACCUCGACGCCCAGGACAUGAGCACGGAGGACACGACGCCGGACGACCGCGAGGUGGAUCCCAAGGAAAAUUUCAUUCAGCACCACACCACGUGCGGCACCUUCGACGACGCGGGGACCCCCACGGAUACAAAGGAUGACUCGAAAGACAAGGGAAAAUCAUCGGAAGACAGCGAUGAUGACGACCCGGGCAUGGAUACCGUGGCGCAGAAGCUCAACUUCUUGUACGAGAAACUCAAAGAGGGUUUGAACGCCUUUAUGUCCGCGCUGGCUGAAGGCAUCGUCGAUCUGCUGGAGGGCGGCACACAGUUAAUGGUAAAGAUCCUCAAGUUCGUAGCGAAGAAGUUCCGCGACUGGCUCGCCGACGGGGGGCCAAUAUACAUCCCGGUCAUCAGCGAGAUCUACAAGCUCAUCACGGGGCGCAAACUCAAGCUCGCCAAGGCGUUGUUCUUCAUAUUUGCGAUUCCCGUAACAUACAUGACCAAGGCAAUUCUAGGACGCUGGCCAUCGCAAGUGGUCUCGGUCGACCAAUUGACCGGCGCCAAAGACAGCACCUUGUCGAUCGCUUGCCAGGAGCCCAACUCUACCGACGCAGAUGCUCCAGCGCAUCUGACGAGGAGCCUUCCUGGUGAUGACAGCAGCAGCGAGUUCGUCUACACAUCAAGGUCGGGGGAAUCCGAAGAGAAGCCUGGGACUGAUUUCCAGAAAAGCAUUUGGGCCGUUCUGAAGAUUGCCUCCAUCGCCAUGUCCGGCGUCACGAUACCUUGCCAAGCAAUGGUCACCAUCACCAAGAUUCCCGCGGGGGACCGUAAAUUCUUGACCAAGCGCUUCGCAAAGUCGCACCCCAUCUUGAAGAUAAUCAGCUACGGCAGGGCAAUCCAGAAGAUCUUGAACCUCGCAUCGACCAUGGUGUAUGUUGGCGACUAUUUCACCGGCCCGAAAACGCCGCUGAAGAGGAAGGACAAAGCAUUCUUCUCUUUCCUGACAAUGUUUGACGCGGCCGGGGUAUUAAUCAGCCUGAAUGUGGACGGAGGGCAGGCGUCUGAGCCAGGAGCAGGGGGGUUGGCCAACAUGGACACAACGGGGGGGGGGCAAGCGCCAAAGAACGCAACUGUCCCGGCGAUUAUUUUCGACAUGGCCGACGGUGUCGCUGAGAUCGCGAGGGGGAGCAGGUUGAUCGCGCUUGCAAAGGAGCUGGACGAGGGCGGCCGCCAGGAAAGAACGAUGAAGUUUCAAGGUUCUCACGGGAUCUUCAAGGGAGCCAGUCAGAUAGCCACGGCGUUCGGGAAGCAGAUUGUAAAAUCGGCAGCCGAUCCUUUCACCAAGGUCACGGUGGUAAUUGUUGCUGCCAGCCUCAAGUGGAUCACAAAGGUUCCCCUGGGCAUAGCAUCAGUGGUGCUGCAGCUCGAAGGCUCUGCUGAGGGUAACGAUGACGACGAAGAUCUGAAAAACAACGCCUACUGGAUCGCCUGUUUCGCCUACCUGUGAGGUGCUUGCACUUAAAUCGGGUGGGGGUGCUGAGUGGCGCAGCGGGCAAGGAAUGGGUGUUGUAGUAGCGAGGCCGCCUUCCUUGAGCGUCGAACAGGCGAUGCGUAAACAGACGAGUUGCAAUAGCUCGGUGCGGCUAUGCAUUGGGCAGUCGUCGUGUGGAAUGGCGCCUCCAGGACGUGCCAUCCCUCACCUACGUAGUUGAAGGCCGUGGAGGUAGACAAGCAUCAGGUAGCUUUUCUCGGCCUCCUUGCACUUUCUUUCUCCAGCCCGUCUGCUUCGUUUCCCUCUGAUUUUUGGCGACUCAUUUUGUCAAGGGAAGUCGCGCGCCGUGUGCGUCGCUUGGUUAUUCCGGUUGCCGUGUUUGCGUGAUGGAACGUCCUGUCUGGUUCCAAUUUUGUUCCUUCCAUCAGUCGGGACGAGAUGGUACUACUGCUGUGAUUGAGUCCUGAACGGUUUGGUUGAAUGGCUUUUCCGUCCGCGAUUGCCCGGACCACAGAGUAGACAUAACCUACAGUAGUAUUUGCUUACGCGCGUGCGUGUUUUGUGUCCUGGUCAUGUAGAAUAGCUGUCCAACGAUACCUCGUCGUUGGCACGCGUUCACGUCUGAAAUGUUGAAAUUGGUGGUCCUCUCGCUACAGUAGUUCUUCACAAUCUUUGUGGUAGAAGUGUGGCCGGCAACCAACAAGCUGAGUUGAUACGCGGUAUUCUCUUGUUUCCUUGUCAGCCGCGCCCGCCCGUACUCCUAAGCCAUAUAUAUACCCUCUAUCUCGGUUGUGCUUGCCUGACGUUUUUUCUCUCCUCACUCCCUGAGACUACCUACUGCGCAAACGACGUC